CUUUAUUUAAUGGUUUCAGCUAAGAGAUGGAUUUAUGGGACGCUAAAGCUGCCUUUUAUAAGCCAGGAGUUUUAUUUAAUGUGGCUUUAAUCCAGAUUCUGUCCACGUCUCACUCCCACUGAAACCGUCCUGUGAGGACAUUAAAGCGGACAUCGUCGUUCUUCCGCUGGUUUUAUGUAACAUAUGAUUAAAAAUACAAAUCCUCCCUUUGUUUACCUGCUGAUCUGCAUCUGGGUGGAGGUUUAAGUACCGGCGUUAAGGGAUCCGGGUCGAGAGCACUCAGAUUAGAGAGCUUAGUCCUCCUGUCUCCGUGUAAUUAAUGAGACACAUGAAGACAAACAGCAGCAGGAGCACGGCGAGGCUGCUUCUAUAAUAACUGGCUGCUCUGUGGUCGGGUAUUUCUGAGCCAACCGCCAUCCAGAAGCAACAAGCCACGCGGCCUGGAAGAGUCCAGAACAUCUGAGACGUCAUGAAAGGAGGACAGGAAUGCGUCCAGCGGCACGUCCAGUCAGUCCGGUCUGAAAAUAUGCGCCUGGAACUCCAGAAACAGUUUUUAGUGCUUCGACUGAUGUUUCCUGUCCCAUCAGAGGACUCGGGUCCUCCUGUCCCAUCGGAGCAGGACUCGGGUCCUCCUGUCUCAUCGGAGCAGGACUCGGGUCCUCCUGUCCCAUCGGAGCAGGACUCGGGUCCUCCUGUCCCAUCGGAGCAGGACUCGGGUCCUCCUGUCUCAUCGGAGCAGGACUCGGGUCCUCCUGUCUCAUCGGAGCAGGACUCGGGUCCUCCUGUCCCAUCGGAGCAGGACUCGGGUCCUCCUGUCCCAUCGGAGCAGGACUCGGGUCCUCCUGUCCCAUCGGAGCAGGACUCCGGUCCUCCUGUCCCAUCGGAGCAGGACUCGGGUCCUCCUGUCCCAUCGGAGCAGGACUCGGGUCCUCCUGUCUCAUCGGAGCAGGACUCCGGUCCUCCUGUCCCAUCGGAGCAGGACUCGGGUCCUCCUGUCCCAUCGGAGCAGGACUCGGGUCCUCCUGUCCCAUCGGAGCAGGACUCGGGUCCUCCUGUCCCAUCGGAGCAGGACUCGGGUCCUCCUGUCCCAUCGGAGCAGGACUCGGGUCCUCCUGUCCCAUCGGAGCAGGACUCGGGUCCUCCUGUCCCAUCGGAGCAGGACUCGGGUCCUCCUGUCCCAUCGGAGCAGGACUCGGGUCCUCUUGUCUCAUCGGAGCAGGACUCGGGUCCUCCUGUCCCAUCAGAGGACUCGGGUCCUCCUGUCCCAUCGGAGCAGGACUCCGGUCCUCCAGUCCCAUCGGAGCAGGCUUCGGGUCCUCCUGUCCCAUCGGAGCAGGCUUCGGGUCCUCCUGUCUCAUCGGAGCAGGACUCGGGUCCUCCUGUCCCAUCGGAGCAGGACUCGGGUCCUCCUGUCCCAUCGGAGCAGGACUCGGGUCCUCCUGUCUCAUCGGAGCAGGACUCGGGUCGUCCUGUCCCAUCGGAGCAGGACUCGGGUCCUCCUGUCCUAUCAGAGGACUCGGGUCCUCCUGUCCCAUCGGAGCAGGACUCGGGUCCUCCUGUCCCAUCGGAGCAGGACUCUGAACAGUCCAGUUGUCUCUCAGGAUUCAUCUUUCCAGUAAUCCAGCAGAAACAGCUUCCUGCUGUCGGAGAACAGACCUGAAACCCUGGUGGUCCACAGUAGAUGGUUCUGAGUCACUGAGCAGGAUCAGUUGUUCCUGCAGAACCAGGGGGAACCGGGUCUCUCUCAUGUGUGAUGGACCAUCUCCUGUCAUUCAUUUGUCAUCCGGGCCCAAGUUUUAGAAGACAUGGAGGAAGGAUGGAGCAACAGAACCUCAGGUCUCCUGGAUCUGCUGUAAGGAUUCAUGCCUCACACACACGGCUGCAGCAAGUUUCCUCCUGACUGUAACAAGGAGACGGAGGCAGACGGGGACAUGAGGACACACAAAGGCCUGGGGUGUCUCUCAGUGUCGAGGCGCCUGGCCUUACGAGGACACGGUCCUUCCUUGGUCUAAGAAAACAGUUAGAUGGAACAGACUUGCAUCACAUGACCACGGCUUCCACGUCACGUGACACGGGAGAUAACGUUAUAUUUUAUACGUAUUAGUUUCAGUAUAAAUAUAUAACGAGUCUUUUACUUUUUAAAUGGUGUAUAUGUUUAUUAAAUUAAAUAUAUAAGCGAGUUACUACCCGCUAGCCACCGAAGCUGCAACUACUAAGCUACUAACCAACCAUAGAUAACUUCUAUGGAUCUAAAAAACAUUUUAAAUUAGCUGACUUACUUUUAAACUUGAAAACUGUCCCGAAGUAGCUGCCGGCUUCUGAUCCGCCGUCCUUUAGAAAUACCGCGGUGUAUUGUGGGUAAUGUUUGACCAAGGCUAGGCUACAAGACACCUCCCGUGUAUCCUCGCUCAGCUAGCUAAACGGAGAACCCGCCUCGGUAGGGCAUGAACACUGGAACCGAUUGGAACACGUCUUGGCGGCUCCUGAUGACGUAUCUCCUAGGCAACUGGGGCGGGGCCAAGACAUCAAGGCAAGGUUCCUUCACAAUGAGAAAACCCCAGGUUCCACCAGAGUGGCUCUGUGAUGCAAGAGGACACCAGAAGACGUGAAUCCUCUGAAAUCUGAACCUUCAGCCUACAGCUUCUACUCGGUCCCUUUUCUGCGGUCCGUCGUCCACGAGCUGCUGGACUGGUUCGAACCGGUCCCAGAGGGUUAAGGUGCCAUCUCAGACCGAAGCUGAAAGUAGGCUCUGGUGUCAACCGGUCAGAACCAGACUUAUGGGUCUGGGCUUGUGGUGGUUCUGCUGGAAACAAAAACUUUAAAUGUUUUUC